AUGUUGUGCCGCAAUGCACUCAGGCGAGAAGGGGCAGAGCACACCAGGCGGCUGCCCACCCGCGAACAGGAGGAGGAGGAGCGCCGCCGCAUUGCCCGCCACGACGCAAACACACAGGGCGCCCAGCACGUGAACUCCGCGAGGGGACGUUUUCCCACGCGAAUUCGACCGCACGGGGCGCAGCCGGCGAGGGCGGCAGCAGAUGAGAGACGUGUCCGCUUUGUUCAGUCGUCGUGGCUUACGCCGCUGCACUUCCGUGCGCCGUUCAGUCGCCGGCACAAUUGCCCCGCCGCAAGAAACGAGGGGAGAGUGGCGGCACAUUUCCCGCGGGAAGGGCAGCGGCUUCCGCAACUUUUCGGCCACCGCGUCGCUCAGUGA